GGGCCUCUCCUCCUGGGCCGUGUUCAGGCCGCCUCCUCCCCUGGCCCCCCUCCCCGCGCGGGGCAAGCGGGAGGGAGCUGCUCUGGUUUCCCAAGCGCCUCUGGAGCCGGUCGCAGGAGUCCUGCCGCGCUGGGUCAGGCCCUGCUCCGCCUUGCUCAGUGUCCAGCGCCCAUGGGGCCCACGGGAGCGGUCGUUAUCCACCUUCGCCCCUCGCUCCCGCCCGUGUUUUCUUUCUGAGCUGUUCCCAGUACCUGGUUGCUGUGCCGUUAGUAACCUCCUACGUUAAAGGACUAUCAGAAUCUGCCAAUUGACAUCCAGACUAGCAAGCUCCUAGACUGGCUGGUAGACAGGAGACACUGCAAUCUAAAAUGGCAGACGCACAUGCUGCACAUCCGCGAGAAGAUCAACACGGCCAUCCAAGACAUGCCCGAGAGCGAGGAGAUAAAGCAGCUUCUCUCGGGAUCCUAUAUUCACUACUUCCACUGCCUGAGGAUUGUGGACAUUCUUAAAGGGACAGAAGCCUCCACUAAAAAUAUCUUUGGCCGCUACUCUUCCCAGCGCAUGAAGGACUGGCAGGAGGUUGUGUCCCUGUAUGAGAAGGAAAAUGCCUACCUAGCAGAGCUCGCUAGCCUCCUUGUGCGCAACGUCAGCUAUGAGAUCCCGUCCCUGAAGAAGCAGAUCAGCAAGUGCCAGCAGCUGCAACAGGAGUAUAGCCGCAAGGAGGAAGAGUGCCAGCUGGGGGCUGCUGAGAUGAGGGAACGCUUCUACACCUCCUGCAAACAGUACGGCAUUACUGGGAAUAAUGUGCGCCGGGAGCUCCUGGCCUUGGUGAAGGACCUGCCAUCACAACUGGCAGAGAUUGGGGCUGGGGCCAAGGUGCUCUCAGAAGCCAUCGAGCUGUACCAGGCCUGUGUGCAGUUUGCGUGCGAGAGCUCCACAGAGCAGGUGGUGCCCAUGCUGAGACACGUGCAGGAGUGUGGGGACACAACCAUCUAUGAGUGGAGGAAGGGGGUCAAGCCCACCACUGUGGAGCGCCCACACAUGGAGGAGGUGUCGGAGCAGCAGGAUGAGGAGGCGAUUGACUGGGGAGACUUUGCAGUGGAGUCGGUGCCAGUUCUGGAUGCAGCUGAUUAUGGCAUCUCCACUGAAGAUGGAGCCCAGGUUGAAGAGAUUGACUGGGGCAUCUCGUUGGAGCCUGCCCCCCAGGGAGCUGUCGGCGAUGGGAUCGACUGGGGCAGUGGGGACAGCGAGACGGUGCAGAUCUCAGUGCUGGAGACUGGGACCCAGGUGUCAGAGGGAGUUGCCCGAGGCCCUGAUGCUCUGACCCUCCUGGAGAACCCUGAGACCCGGAGCCAGUUUAUCGAUGAGCUCAUGGAGCUGGAGACCUUUCUAUCCCAACGCAUUGUGGAGAUGAGUGAAGAGGCUGAUGUUCUAUCUGUGAGCCAGUUCCAGUUGGCUCCACCUAUCCUGCAGGGCCAGACUACGGAGAAGGUGGCAGACAGUCUGUCAGUCAUCCAGGACCUGAUUGGGCAGCUGACCAACCUACGGAUGCAGCACCUAUUCAUGAUCCUCGCCUCCCCAAGGUACGUGGACCGCGUGAGCGACCUCCUGCGGCAGAAGCUGAAGCAGGCAGACUUGCUAGUGCUGAAGAAGGAACUCAUGGUACAGAAGAGGGAGGCGGCGCUGGCAGAGCAGGGUGCCUUGGAGCCCAGGCUCGACCUGCUUGUACAGAAAACCAAGGAGCUGCAGAAACUAAUCGAAGCAGACAUUUCCAAACGGUACAGCGGGCGACCUGUGAAUCUGAUGGGCAUGUCCCUGUGAUGCCCCCUCUGCCACCCAGCGUUACUACCCUGGGGCUGGAACAGGGGUCACCCCAUGGAGUUGGAACAGAUAAGACUUUCCCAGUGCUCCACCACCUGGGACUUGCCAGUUUGUUGCUCACGUUUUAAUGAGGAGGUGUUUCUAGGCACUGGGCUUUACAGCUUGUGGCCUUCCUAUGGCUCCGUGCAGGUGGGAAGGGGUUGCUUUAAUAAAGCAGGGGAGCCUGCUCCA